GACCCCUUCCCGACCCUGCUUUCCUCGCACCUUGUCAAAAGCGAAGAGGUGCACGCCUGCUCCCUUGGGGGCGCGGGAGUCUGGGGGCUGCCAUGGCCCCCAGCCACCUGUCGGUGCGGGAGAUGAGGGAAGAUGAGAAACCCUUAGUGCUGGAGAUGCUGAAGGCUGGCGUGAAGGACACGGAGAACCGAGUGGCCCUCCACGCCCUGACGCGGCCCCCGGCCCUGCUCCUCCUGGCGGCGGCCAGCAGCGGCCUGCGCUUCGUCCUGGCCUCCUUUGCCCUGGCCCUCCUCCUGCCUGUGUUCCUGGCCGUGGCGGCCAUGAAGCUGGGCCUGCGGGCCCGGUGGGGCUCGCUGCCCCCGCCGGGCGGCCUGGGGGGGCCCUGGGUGGCAGUACGGGGCUCAGGGGAUGUGUGCGGGGUCCUGGCCCUGGCCCCAGGCUCCAGCGCUGGCGAUGGCGCCCGGGUCACCCGCCUCUCUGUGUCUCGCUGGCACCGUCGCCGAGGCGUGGGCAGGCGGCUGCUGGCCUUUGCUGAGUCCCGGGCCCGAGCCUGGGCAGGUGGCAUGGGGGAGCCCCGGGCCCGGCUCGUCGUCCCGGUGGCCGUGGCAGCGUGGGGUGUGGCUGGAAUGCUGGAGGGCUGCGGCUACCAGGCCGAGGGCAGCUGGGGCUGCAUGGGCUACACACUGGUGAGGGAGUUCAGCAAGGAACUGUGACUCCAGACCCUGGAGGGAGGAGAACCAGCGCUUAGUGAGCACCUGCUGUGUGCAGGCGCUCUCUCACCGUCCCUCUGUGAAUCCCCAGCCCGCCCUGGGCCCAGAGACUGAGGCCUGCAGAGGGCAGGAGACCCACCACAGUCUGGCAUCUGUCUAUAGUGUUUGAACUUCUCAGAGGGGUCAACCCAUCUAACCCCUGCCUCAGAUUCUGUCUGCACUGAGAACUCUCCCCAUCCGUCUGCCUUUCUGCCAAGCUGGUGCCGCUUGUGCUAGGGGCCUGGGAGAGACAUGGGGCUGGAGGAGAGGAGGCCAAGCAAGUCUCUCCCUCCCCCCCACCAGGGUUAGGACUUGGCCAGGGGCACCCCAAACCGAGACAAGGACCCCAGGGAAUGGGGUGGAGGUUGAUGCCUGUGCUUAGAGAGGCUGAGGCUGCAGAGGCAGGGAGGGUGAGGGGAGCCUUGGCAGGGGAGGGUUGUCUGUGUCGAGAGAGCCCCAGGGGAGGGAGGGGGGUGGUGGGCACAGGGCUGCCCACCUGGCCAGCUCCUCCCUGGGAAGGUGAGAGCUGAGACGAGUGGCCAGACCCAUCUGGUUUUUUA